AUGGAUGACUCGGCCAAGGACCCGGAUCAAGAGAUCCAUGCCUCCGCUGUCGAUCAGCUUGCACAUGAUGAUUCGGGCGUAUACACAUCCGAUAGCAUACCAAUUCUGACUCAAAACCGGAAAGGCCUACAUCUGUCUCAAGAUGCAUUUCAAUCACUCAAGACAGUGACCAAAACGGAGAAUCUUGAUAUUCCUCAUCAAUUUCUCAACACACUGCCGUCUUCGAAACCUGGACAAUCGUACGCUACUUCAGAAGAACUAGAUGAUAGGGAUUCCUCUCAAACACCCGACAGCGAUGAAGGCUCUUUCACUACGAGUACUUACAUCGAUUAUUGGAAGGGCCAGGUUGUUGACAGGAUUGUUUUUACUGUGAUGCAGUGGUUGCAUUUAAACCUAGACGUGUGGCGUAAAAACACCGGUGGUAAUUCAACCAACUCAUCUGGGAUAUCAGAAACACUGCUGGGCUCACAUCUUCGCACUGGGUCUUCCAGCUCUAACAAUCGUGAUAACAAAAAGAGAAAAGCAGCGGAGGAAGAUGAUCAAGACACAGACAACGAGGACGAAGGUGGCAAGGGGAAAGACCCGUGGAGCAGUGGUGUGGCCAUAAAAGAGCAUGAGGAUCCAAAGUACGCUUGUCUAUACUUUAAGUACAAUCCAGCCAAGUACAAAGACUGGAGGACAUGCCCAGGGCCUGGCUGGAAUGAUGUCCAUCGUGUCAAGGAGCAUCUCUAUCGACGUCACAGACAGCCCCAAUAUCGUUGUGCACGCUGCUGGCAACCCUUCACGGAUGAGCAAGGCAUUAUGGACCACCAGAGAACCGAUGAGCCAUGCCGUUUGCGGGAAAUGGAGUAUGUUGAGGGGUUUGACGCAGUGCAGGAAAGAAGCCUUAGAUCACGAAAGAGGGCUAACCAAAAGCUUUCGGAGACGGAGAAGUGGAGGCGAAUUUUCAAUAUUCUGUUUCCGCACGUGCUGGAUGAUGACAUCCCGUCUCCAUUUUAUGACUACAGCCAAGCGUCACAGAAGGAGGAUACCUGCCAUCCUGAAUCGGGCUAUCUGGCGCAUUAUGAACAGUACAUACUGAGGGAAGUGCCGCAGCGUCUUCGACAAGCUUUGGGGAGAGAGCUAGACCGAGACAUGAAUAUUGUGGAGGAGAACCUGAGGCGAAGAGCCGGCGACUGGGUGAAGACUCUAUUGGAGCAGGCCUUUCAAGAACUGAGGCAGAUCCGGCGCCUGAGAAGCCCAGCUCAACGCCCUGAAGCUGACAACGAUAUGCCUGCACCAGCCGAAGGACCACAGCUUCCUAUUUCUGAGCUGCCUAGCGUUGAAAGUGCUGAUCUGCAUUUUGAGGGAGAGGGUGAAACGUGGCUAGAUACCUUCGACUUCGGCGCUAUUGAUCCAUCCUCCAUCUUUGGAGAACUGCAAUCCUCGUUUGAUAGUGGCGGGUUGAUUGAAGAUCUAUUAAAGUCAGGGGAGGAUGGUGCUGGCGAGGCAACAAAACAGUCUGAUUCUGGAUAUGUAUCAAAUAGUCCUGAAUAG